AUUAGCUUUCAAAACAAUGAGGAUGCAGCAAUAAAAACCUCGAACGUAAACGGAGGAGUAUUUGACAAAUGCUCACAGGAUGAGCACAUGUCAGACUGUUUCUGUUCCUGGUUUUGCGCCAUGCAGGAACACACUGCCUAGCGCCCUGUAGAUGUGCGCAACGCACGCACUGUUGUCCGCAAAGAGGGGGGAGACAGUCGGGUUGAUGGACUCGGGUCGGACCGCAGGAACAGGGACUCAUGGAUACAUAGUCAACUCUGCAACUCUAUCAAAGGCACUUUGGGAAAAAAAACUCACUGUUAUUAAAGGCUUUGUUCAACAUUAUAAUAAAUGUGUUAUUGUUUAACCAAUUUAAAGGUGAUCUCCGACUGAAUGAAAUCUAACAUCUUGGGAGAGACUGCUGGCUUCUUUACAGAACUCACUAAAAGCAUCUUUCCUGAGGUCUCCUUGAAAACAUGCGAUUGCUCAGACAAAGAUGGCGGCAGCUGUUACUGAAGUUGAGCGUUGUGCUGGGAUCACUGUUGCUGCUGUUUCUGGUCCUGCAAUGGGACAGCUCCUUGUCUGCUGAACAAAUUCACAGUCACAGCUGGUUGGAGUACCAGGAUUAUGAAUUUGGCCCAGAGAGAGUUUGUAACUGCUCAGCAAUCCAACGGGGAGACUUGGAGGCACUGCAGCAAGCCAAAUUAUUAACCAUUACAAGAGACUUUCGAAAGAAUAUUCAGAUCCCUGACGAGUAUUACAUUAAUGAAACCCAGGACUGCAGGAAAUUCAAGUCAAAGAGGAAAUACAUAACAUUUUCUCUAAGCAAAGAAGAAGAGGAGUUUCCUCUGGCUUAUUCCAUGGUUGUUCAUCACAAGGUGCACAACUUUGAACGACUGCUGCGAGCCAUUUAUGCGCCUCAGAACAUUUAUUGUGUUCAUGUGGAUGAAAAAGCCCAGCCCUCUGUAAAAGUUGCCAUUCGGAGCAUUGCUUCCUGUUUCCCCAAUGUCUUCAUGGUCAGUCGGGCUGUGAGUGUGGUCUAUGCUGGUUGGCCCCGUGUCCAAGCUGACCUUAACUGCAUGGCUGACCUCUAUAAUGCCAGUGCAGAGUGGAAGUACUUCAUCAACCUUUGUGGCCAGGACUUCCCUCUUAAAACCAACUUGGAAAUGGUAAGGAUGCUGCGCUUGCUGAAAGGUGGCAACAGCCUGGAGUCAGAAAACAUGCCUGAAAGGAAGAAGUGGAGGAUAUCACGGGUUCACAAAAUUGUUAAUGGGACAAUAAAGUCAACGGGAAAGUCGAAGAGUCCACCUCCCUUCAACCUGCCCAUUAAGUCAGGAAACGCCUACAUCGUGGUAACUCGGGGCUACGUCCGCAGUGUUUUGGAAGACACCAGAAUACGAUCCCUUAUUGAGUGGUCCAAGGACACCUACAGUCCAGAUGAGUUCCUAUGGGCCACCAUUCAGCGUAUCCCUGGUGUCCCCGGCUCAACAAGGCCCCACACGAAGUACGACCAGACAGACAUUAAUGCCAUUGCACGGCUGGUGAAGUGGAUGUGGCAUGAGGGAUCAGAGGACACAGCAGUGUACCCCAAGUGUCAGGGCAACCAUGUAAGGUCCGUAUGUGUGUAUGGAGCUGGGGACCUACCAUGGCUCCUGGAGAACCACCACCUCUUUGCCAACAAGUUUGACUCUUACACUGAUCCUGUUCCUGUCUUCUGCUUGGAGAAAUAUCUCCGACAGAAAGCUCUGGCUGAGUCAGAGGGUCAAUAUUUAUUUGGUCUCGUUAGAUGACUUAAAAUAAGAUUAUCUGCCACGUCUUGCAAAAAGAUAUGGCAGUGUUCACCUGUAAUUUUCCUCUCACUUGAAGACUGACUUGAAGGCCAUUCUUUGUCAUUCUGAUGGUGUUUUCUAGAUGUCAAACAUUGAGUAAGUUUUCUCUUUUUGUAUGUUCAUGUUUAUCUUUCUGGCAGUUUGGGUCCAGCAUAGUUUGUAGAUGAAGGUUAGAACUUGUUGUCUUGUCAGAAAAGGCUGUUGGAUGGUUUUUAGAUAAAACCCGGUGUGUGAAAGAUGAAGGCAUCUGGUUUACCUUCCUUGAUUUAGCCAAAGGUGUUCCACAGGGAUCAGUUUUGGGGCUGCUCAUUUUUGUUUUGUUUAUAAAUUAUUAUAUUAAUUAAUUACAGUUAAAAAAUAAAAAAAAAAAACAUUGACAUAUCUUAAUUUAUAAUGCUAUGCUCUGCUUCAAUGCUUCAUAUCUAACUUCCUGCUGUAUGUUUUUCUAAAAAAUUGCAGAAGUUACCACUGGCUUACAAUAUCGCCUGUUGAGAUAACCCAGAAGUAAUACUCAGUUGGGGAAGCAUGGCAUUCAAAUAUUUUGCUAGUCAGCAUUCAAAUACAGCUGUCACUGUCCAAGAUCAGUGAUAGCUAAAGGAACAUGCUUUAUGGAGUCACUGUAAACACAUACAAAGUAGAGAUGCACCGAUCCAGUUUUUUCCAAUCCAAUCCGAUACCGAUACCUGGGUAUCGUAUUGGCUGAUAACCGAUAUCGAUCUGAUACUACUGUUGAAUGAAUAAACCGUAUACCUUGCUAUGUGAAUAAAGGCUUGAAAUAAACAUUGUUAAAAAGUUUUGCAUGUUCUUUCGCCUGGUUCUUAUGGAGGCGCUUAUUUGAAUUUGUGGUGUUGAGUUUACCUACCUUAUCACCUCCUUCUCAACAUACUGCAUGUUUUAGUCAGACUUGUUGGCGUAUCAAGUUUGAAAUGUUUCCAAAUAGCAGGUUUUGGUCUGUCCGACACUUGCUCCAUGUUGCUCUGUGUUUGCUCAUCGCUAGCGGCUGUGCAUGCUCUCCGUUGCAAACAUAGAAGUGACUAGAUUGCCAUAACUGUAUUGAAGUGUAUGAUAUUAAUAAAAGAAAAAGAAGAAAUGAUUGGAUCGGAAUGCUGGAUCGGCAUCAAUCAUCCCAUAUCUUCAAUAUCGGAGCCGAUAUCCGAUCCGGGUAUCGGAUCGGUGCAUUUCCAAUAUGAAAUGUUUUAGGUGUCAAAUAUCUGAAUUCCAAUGUUAUGAUAUUUUUGUUACACUGUUGAACAGCUCCUUCAACAUAUGUUAUUUUUGCAUAUUGUUUAGGUUGUAUGUAUGUUUACACUGUCUUCUGCUAGUGUUAUUUUUGUUGGGAAAAUAAAGUACAA